AUGAAAGUUUCCUUCAUCACAUGCGCCACAGUUGCAAGUCUUUUGGCUGUUGUCAAAGCCGCAACGCCAGAUGAAUGGCGCUCAAGGUCUGUUUAUUUUCUUCUGACUGAUCGAUUCGCUCGAUCAGACAAUUCGACAACAGCAGAAUGCGAUGCUCAAUUAGGACAUUACUGUGGAGGAUCAUGGCAAGGAAUUAUCAACCAGUUGGAUUAUAUCCAGAACAUGGGCUUCACGGCCAUUUGGAUCACUCCUGUUACUGAGCAGCUGAAUCAGUCCACUGCGGAUGGCGAGUCCUAUCACGGAUACUGGCAACAGGAUAUUAAUUCCAUCAAUUCAAACUAUGGUACGGCCGCGGAUUUGAAAGCAUUGGCUUCGGCUCUCCAUGAUCGUGAUAUGUAUCUCAUGGUUGAUGUCGUGGCAAACCAUAUGGGUUACGCCGGCGCUGGCACAGACGUGGACUACUCUGUUUUCAAUCCUUUCAAUAGCCAGGACUAUUUCCAUCCUUAUUGCGAGAUCACAGACUACAACAACUUGACCAUGGUGGAGCAAUGCUGGGAAGGCGAUAAUACUGUCUCACUUCCAGACUUAGAUACGGAGAGUACCGAUGUGCAAAACAUGUGGUACACUUGGAUCCCAGAAUUGGUUGCAAACUACUCCAUCGACGGUCUCCGUCUUGACUCGGCACUAGAAGUGCAAAAGGAUUUCUGGCCUGCCUGGAACAAUGCCUCUGGUGUUUACUGCGUGGGUGAAGUUUUCAAUGGUGACGCAGCUAUUGCAUGCCCUUACCAGAACUACCUCGACGGAGUCCUCAACUACCCAAUGUAUUUCCCUCUCUUGCGUGCCUUUGAGAGCAGCAGCGGUAGCAUCUCGGACUUGUACGACAUGAUCAACACCGUCAAAUCCGACUGUGCCGAUUCCAAUCUAUUGGGAACCUUUGUCGAGAACCACGACAACCCGCGAUUCGCUAACUACACUUCAGACUUUGCGUUGGCGAAGAAUGCACUUGCUUUUACCAUCUUGUCGGACGGUAUUCCCAUUAUUUAUUCUGGUCAGGAGCAGCACUACAGUGGCGGCAGUGUUCCUCUCAACCGUGAAGCGACUUGGUUGAGCGGAUUUGAUACGACUGCUGAACUUUAUCAAUUCAUUGCAAAGCUCAAUAAGAUCCGGAACUAUGCUAUCCAAUUAGAUAAGGGAUAUACUACAUACAAGGCCAAUCCAAUCUAUCAAGAUACCAACAACCUCGCCAUCCGCAAAGGAACCAACGGUAGCCAAGUCAUCACCGUGCUUUCAAACUCAGGCGCAGAUGCCUCUUCUUACAGCUUGGCAAUUUCUGGAACAAACUAUACCGCCGGAACUGUGGUUACUGAGUUGAUUUCUUGCACAAACAUUACUGUCAGUGACAGUGGUGAUGUCUCUGUGCCAAUGGCUAGUGGCUUGCCGAGUGUGUUGUACCCUGCCUCGAAGCUAAAUAAGGAUGGGCAUCCUUGCUAGAUGGGCUUAUCAAGGCAUACCCAAUACCCCGGUUUACGCUGCAUCCAUCGAUGUUGAUAGCUGAAUAUAGUGUAUAUAAAGAUGUGUAUACUCGCACUUGGCAUGAUAACUCCUAGUGUCAUAUCAUA